UUCUUAUCCUACAUUACUCUUGAGACCUGUGCUUUGGCUCCCGACUAGCCCAUAUGUGACUUCCAGUAUGGGCCGAUCCCAUCAUGGCUGCACGAGGUGCAAACGUCGACGGCAAAAGUGUAGUGAAGAGAAGCCCAGCUGUAAGCGCUGUCAAGAUGCCGGCGCUCUAUGUAAUUAUGCAAUUGUGUUAAAAUGGGAAGGCCGAGUUCCCCGUCGUGACGAGCCAAAGCGAGCUGGAAAUAGAAGCAGCAAAAGCCUCGUAUCUCCUACAAAAAGUCCAACACCUCCUGCUGAGUUCCAGGGGAUCAACUACCUAGAUCCCCUGUCUGGAUUACCAUAUACUCAUAGGAUGCUGUUACACCACUUUGUUACCAAAUGUUCUCUCGUUGCAUGCCACCGGCAUAUCCGCACCCAAAUCUGUGACAUGAUCUUCCCAAUGAUUCUACAAAUUCCUUCCCUGAUGUUUGCAACAAUUGCCCGAUCUGCUCUUCAUCUAAAUACGUUGCGACGCCCAGAAUUGGUCGAUUUUGCUCUAGAAGAAGAUGUUUCCAGUUUUAUGGCAAAAAGCUUACAAUGUCUCCGUCAAGAGCUCCAAACAGCAGAUCCGAAGACGAGAUUCUCGCUUUUGCCCACCAUCCGGACGUUAUUUAUCUGUGAGAUCUAUUCCGGCAAAGCAGACAACUCUUGGCGCAUUCAUAUGGAAGGGGCGAAGGCGCUCAUCGAAUCAACCAGAACUAACAUCUCCCAGGAAAAUCUCGAAUCCGAUGCAGUUCACCAUUGGAUAUCGAUUAGAUGGUUUGAGUCAGUGCAGUCACUCGCAGCGCUUACACAGCACAUUCAACAUGAAGAGCAAUGGCAGCGUGGCCCUCGACCGCUGCUUUGCGAUCAAGGGGAACAAAGUGGGGUUCUAGACUUGUAUAGUGGCUACACCAUAGACCUCGAUGCUGUAUUUAGAGAAAUUGGUGCUGCUGCAUGGGAGCGUCAACAGCUAGAUAACAUGCCAAAUAAUGGGUCACAGCUCCUCGAAAUGAAUCUAAGGAACCGGGCAAAGUGGCUAGAGCAUUCCGUUAGAGCAAUGAUUUCGCGUGACAGUCGAAUGGGGCCCGCGCUUGCUCCAGAUACUUCGCUCUCUAAAGAAGAGGCUACGCAGUUUUCUGUCUGCAAUCUGGCAUAUCAAUACUCUGCCUUGAUCCAUAUUUAUCGCCGAGUUCAGAAGCUUCCCUCUUCAGCAGCGAACGUACAAGAUUGUGUUCGGAGGAUCCUGGAUACUGUUAUUGGAAUUUUACCUGUCAGUGAACUCUCGCCGUGGGUUCUAUUGACCACACCCAUUUUUACAGCCGGACAUGAGGCAAUGGGCGAGGAUAGAAUCAAGGCGAAAGGCUUACUCGUGAAACUUUAUGAGAAACUAAAGAUACGAAACACCUUGAGAUCAGCUCACAUUCUGGAAGCAAGCUGGAGCGGGAAUUUAUCGGAAAUGAUAAAUCCAACAGGUAACGACCACGUGCUGGACUUCAUUCCAUACUGAACCAGUCCCAGGAGAUGCCACUCCACUGUGGAAUCCAACGUUCGUGUACUAUAUAGAACUCACAUAUCCCUUCCUUUCCAUACACUCAUCCCCAUUGACAAAUCUGACAACCAUUGUUGCUAGUACAUCAACCGGCGUCAGCAUCUGCUGGCCUCCCGCCGGCAUUAGAGCCAACAGAUACACUGGUCCUCUGUGUUGGGGGU